GAACCACAGAGACAAAACAGACAGUGGGACAUGGCCAGGCAGGUUUUAUUUCACAUUAUCGUUUUGUGCACCGUUGUCGUGGUAACUGUGGUUGGUUACAUGUCCUGGACCGAACUCAUCUUUGGUGUCCCUCGAGGCGUCCCACAGCUGCGGCGUUCCGAGUGGUCCACGGCUCCUCCCACCACGACAGAUCCGCCCGGCCUCACCCCCAUCCCCAUCAUGUACCGCAAGAACUACAGCAAACUGCCCGAGUGGGACUUCGACGAUAAGUACAGGACCGACAGGCGUCCGCACAAGACGACACAGAAAUGUGACAGCAGUUUGUGGAGGAGGAUCCAGUCGGAGCCGGAGCUGAAAGACAAGUUCAUCCCAAACAUUCGAAUGUACGUGUACAACGGCAGCAUCAGCAUGAGCGAGUGGAACAGACUAUCACACUUCAACAACCCCUUCGGCUUCAUGGACUUCAACCACCAAGAUGUGAUGGCCGGUCUGAGCCUGGUCCAGAAGCCCAAGGAGCCUCUGCUGCUGCCUAAACCAGGCAGACCCUGCAUCACCUGUGCUGUGGUCGCCAACGGAGGAGUGCUCUGGAGGUCCAAGAAGGGAGCAGAGAUUGACAGCCACGACUAUGUCUUCAGGGUGAACGGCGCCCUGACAAAAGGAUUCGAAGACGACGUGGGCAAUAGAACCGACGUCUACGUCCACACCUCGUACUCCAUCACCGCUUCUAGUGCUACUCUUCAGAAGUACAACUACUCUGGGGCCCCGCAUGAUCAGGGUAUAAAGUAUGUGCUGAUCCCUGAAGGCUUGAGGGACUUUGAGUGGUUGACUGGACUUUACAAACGAGAGAGACUCACCCAUGGAUCAUAUGAAGGACACAGUCCCUGGGAGUUCUACUCGGGUCAGUUCAAUGAGACGCGGUUCUACGUUCUUCACAUGGACUUCCUGAGAUUCGUCAGAAACAGAUUUCUAAAGUCAGAGACUCUGAACACCAUAGACUGGCCCAUCGUACGACCCACAAACGGAGCCUUAAUGAUGUUCCUGGCUCUGCAGCUCUGUGACAAGGUAAGCGCUUACGGAUUCAUCACGGAAAACUACGAGAAAUACUCCAACUACUACUUUGAGCGUGGAGCCAAAACUGAAGUCGUGUUCUACGCAAACCACGACUACGACCUGGAGAGGGCGCUGUGGAAGAGGCUUCACGACCUGGACGUCAUUCACCUGUACCUGGGAGAACCAUGAGACGCUGAGCCCACACAGCGCUCCCCGAAGAACACACAGGGCCCUACAAAGGACACACGGGGCCCUACAAAGGACACACGGGGCCCUACAAAGGACACACAGAAAACUAAGACACUAUAAGAUGCAACAAACCUGACCACAAUUGGAAAAGUAUCUGAGUGGGAUUUUUGUUUACUGAACAUUUAUUGAUUUAUGUUUAUUUAAUUUAUUUGAAGUAUUCGGUUCAUGAUUUUCAUUUGACCUGAAACUGAGAAACAACACAAACUGUGAAACCUGCUGGUAGUUUUCAGGUACUAAAAUGUGAUGAUGUCAUACUCCCGGGCGGGGCCCAGUGCCUGAACACACACGUUGGCCAUGUCCUAAUUCGCCCACCUGGCCUUAGAAUCACCAUUGGAAGGGCGGUUCGAAGGGCAGUGACGUAAUUUCCGGCGCGACAAGGGCUGUCCCAUUUCAACCCACCCUACUGAAUGCGGCCGACAAAUCUGCCCUUCCCUUUGCACCGUUUCCAUGGAGAUCGGACGUAACCGCAGCGUGCAUCCGUGCACACUUCACGCACUUCUAUAUCCCGUCAUGCACCGCGACUAUGCAAGAAACAGAAGAAAAUGGAGUCCACUGCGCAAUAUACGUUCAAAUGUUCGUACUGGUUUACCUCAUCUACAACAGAGCGACAUGAAACUGUUAAAUCUGAAUAAAGAUAAGUACAGGCCGUGUUUGAUUAAAAAGGAGUUACAUGGAAUAAAGGAAUGUGCAGUUAUUGCUAGACAAUAAGAAGACAAUAUUAUCAUUAAAAAUUAUUACUGCAAUAAGAAUAAUGUAAGAAUGUUCGAUUCUAUUGUGUCAAAGACCAAGAGACUGAAACAUAAAGUCAGAAGGUUUAAUGAUCCACACAGGUAAUGUGAACAAUGAAGCAACGGACUCUCAGGAAAGGACAGAACAGAGUCCUGAGACGGGCACAAAAUAUUCAUGACUUCCGGUACAUUCCAUAGGUCUGCGCCCCCUGGUGGACACGUGUCAUUUACCUUCAUGUUAGUAAAUCAAGACACUAGUUUGAUGUAGCGCUGCACUGCUCGAAAAUACUUCACAAUAAUAAGAUGAAAAGAACUGGCACGGCACAGAAGGGAAACAGCGCCCUCUACUGUUAUUAAAGUGGUGCAGACACUGGACAAAAUACUGAACCAUUAAACUGCAAUAUCCCACUUUAUGUACAACUAAUCAGUGUCUCUGGUUUAUAGACUAUGAAUGUGAAAAUGAUCCUGUUUCCUCUGUCUCCAUUAUUACGUUUUCACAAGGUUUAUUUUGUUAAAGUUAUGAAGUAGCUACAAUUGAGUAAAAAAAUCACCUCAAACGUUAUAUUUGCCUAUUGAUAUUCAAUCUAAACAGAAAGAAACGGCUGCGACGACGACAUCUUGACUUUUCUUCUAUUAAAUAAUAAAUCAUUAAAAAUAACGUACGUAAUGUGCGUAUCGUACGCUCAAAGACAGCGGUGGAAGUGCGG